UACAAAUAUAAUAUUUGGAUAAGCAUUACAUAAACAUAAUAGAAAACUAAGGAUCAAAAAAUUUUGGGAAUAAAACGAACAUAGGACACAUAUUUAGGGCGAGAACAUUUUUGAAACAUUGUACAUAUAAAUAUUGAUUUAUGUGUAGUACCUUAUAGUAGAUAUAAACAGUGCAGUACAUGUAUUAGUGCUACAUUGAAAAGUCACAGUGACAUAUUACACACUCAAACACAAACAAUAUUGAGGUGCAAUGGAUUUCGCAAAUGUAAACCUGUGGUUAAAAAUGGACUUUGGCAGACGCAAAGUGAAAGAACUUGAAAUUGCCAGACUGAGAUAUGAUGAAAUGGGAGAGAUAACCAACGACCCAAUUGCAGGAGUUCAACUUAUAUGGGGAGGAAGCAACAUCGCAAUAAUAUAUUGCCGUGAUUUGGAAGCCAAAGCCCAGAUUGUCUCUAUCGGUCAAAUAAAUUGCAAUGGCCAACUCGUACAGAUCAUGAACUACACAGAGGAAUCCCUUAAACCACCAGAACGUGUCUCCAUACAUGGAAUACCUUUGCACAUUUCGAACAUAGAAAAGCAAGAUUGGAUAAGUGAACGUGUCACAAUAACUACUCCUGUCCAGUAUGCCAUGAAGGAAAGCAAUGGGAUUCGCAUCAACUCUGGUAAUCGUUUCUGCUACGGGCAUGUCAAAACUGGAGUCAUAUUUCCCAGGUACAAUAACUAUACAACAUCCAACCCGUUUGACACACAGUCUCUUAUUGAUUAUGAGGUGACAAUCUACAUUAACUCUCAACCUAUCAAUUGUGCAAGAUGUAAGGACUUAUCCCACAUGAGCAGAGAGUGCCCUAAAAACAAACCCAGAUGUAGACAAUGCGGGAGCAC